GUGAGGACGACCAAAUUUUAUGCAAGUUUAGAUUUACCUGAAGUUGCAGCCUUCCAGCAAAGUUUUGGUGCAAGGAAUCAUGAAUUAAGUUCUCCACGGUUCCUUGAACGAGAAGUUGAUCCCCCACCAAUUUUCAUAGAAGAUUUGAUGAGCCUACUUAGCAACUCUGCCAAUAAGCCGGUAAUUUUUUUUGAUAAGACGGCUGAAGAACUUUACAAAUCGAACGAUCAACAACCUACUGGGGUUCCAUCUGUUAUUCAGAACUUUCAAGGGCUAGAUGUCACAUUACAAGUCAAACUCAAUUCAUACACUUUCAAAAAUCCAAGACAUGGAUUUAGUGUCGUGAAGAUUGUUGAGCCUGAAGGGGUACAUCAGCUACGCACUAAAACGUUUGAACCUGGUCAGCACUCUAAGGAAGGAAAUAAGUCUUCACCUUCACCCAUCACUGUCGUGGGACAACAAUCUACUGGAGAAUCCAUUCUGGAUACCACAAUUGCAGCUGGGCAUGUACAGGAAGGAGAUGGUAGCCUUGAUGGUGGUGUUUCUAUGCCUCUGAAGAGGAAGUUAAGUAAGGAGGAGUAGGUUGCCUCAGUCAUAUGGAUGGAAUAGCUUAUAGCUACUAUUAAUUUUCUUUAUUUUAAGUUUUAUGUUGUGGAUGACCCAUCUUUGCCAC